UGUUCAAGGUCUUUCCUUCUUCAGUUGCUCUCUGCCUGCAACCAUGAAAUCUUCUAAACCCAAAUCCAGUAUUCCUGAAGCUUCACAGAGCAAAAGCACACCAGCAACUCCAAGAGUUAGCAGACUAAGCAGGGGUGUUGCUAAAUCAGAUACUGAUUCACCUUCUCCCCUGCAAAACCCACGACUUUCGAUUGACCGCAGGGGUGUUGCUAAAUCAGAUACUGAUUCACCUUCUCCCCUGCAAAACCCACGACUUUCGAUUGACCGUUCCCCAAGAUCAGCUGACCCAAAGCCUGCCAUUGAUCGCCGAUCCCCAAAGCUAAAGAUUGCUACUCCUCCCGAUAAACCACGAGUAUUGAAAGGAUCAGAACUACAGGCUCAACUGAAUCUUGUUCAGGAAGAUCUUAAGAAGUGGAAGGAGCGAUUAGCUUCUGCAGAGAAGGAGAAAGCUCGGGUGCUCGACGAAUUGAAGGAAGCCAAGAGAUUGGCUGAGGAAGCAAAUGAGAAGCUUUGUGAGGCCCUUGUUGCUCAGAAACGAGCUGAGGAAAAUUCUGAGAUUGAGAAGUUCAGAGCUGUUGAGUUGGAGCAGGCAGGUAUUGAUGCAGCUCAAAAGCAAGAAGAGGAGUGGCAGAAAGAACUCGAGGCUGUUAGGAGUCAACAUUCUGUGGAUGUUGCUGCUUUGCUUUCUGCCACCCAAGAGCUCCAACGGGUGAAGCAGGAGCUAGCUAUGACCUCUGAUGCGAAAAAUCAGGCCCUUAACCAUGCUGAUGAUGCAGCUAAAAUUGCAGAAAUCCAUGCUGAGAAGGUCGAGCUUUUGUCUGCAGAGCUGACUCGGGUGAAGGCCAUGCUCGAAUCGAAGUCAGAGAGAGAGGCUAAUGAGAGCACUCAGUUGAUAAAGAAACUGAACUCUGAGGUGAAUUCUCUGAAACAAGAGCUAGAUAAAGCAAAAGGUAUUGAGCUGAAGUUGGUUGAAACAGAAGCUUUGGUUGAACAAUUUAGAACUGAAGUGGAGGCUGCAAAAAAGGCCGAAUUAAUUGCCAGUAAUUUGGUGGUGGAGUGGCAGAAGAAGGCCGAGGAAUUUGAAAGUCAAGUUGAAGAAGCAAGCCAAAUGGAGAGAUCUGCAACUGAAUCAUUGGAUUUAUUGAUGAAACAACUAGAAGGGAAGAGUAAUUUAUUGCAGGAUGCAGAAUCUGAAAUUGCUUCUCUUAAAGCGAAAGUGGAUUCAAUGGAGAUCUCAAUUGGGCAACAGAGAAAGGAUUUUGAAGAAUCAGAACAACAUCUUGAGACAGCUAAGAAAGAGGCAUUGGAAAUGGUACAGAUGGUUGAAUUUAUUAAGGCUGAGCUUGAAACUGUGACGGAGGAGAAAAUGCAGGCACUGAACAAUGAGCAGCUUGCAGCUUCGAGUGUUCAAGACCUUCUAGCUGAGAAGAACAAACUAAUAAAUGAGCUAGAAACCUCUAGGGAUGAAGAGGAGAAGAGUAAGAAGGCAUUGGAAAGCUUAGCUUCAGCAAUGCAUGAAGUCUCUGCAGAAGCAAGAGAAGCCAAAGAGAAGCUUUUGUCCAGUAAAGAUGAGCUUGAAAAUGCUAAGACCAAGAUAGAAGAUUUGAAAUUAGUCGUGAAAACAAACGAGAAGUACGAAACCAUGUUUGAGGAGUCAAAACAAGAGAUCGAUCUUCUUACAAAAGCUCUUGAUUACUCCAAUCAUGAAGUCAAGAACUCCAAGGCUGAAUGGGAACGAAAAGAGCUCAACUUAGUGAGUUCUAUAAAGAAAUCAGAAGAAGAAACCUAUGCUGCUAAACGAGAAAUUGAUAGGCUUGUUCGUUUACUCAAAGUAGCUGAGGAUGAAGCUCGGUCUGCAAAGGAGGAAGGAAUCAGGAUUCUGAGUACCCUAAAGCAAACCGAAUCAGAGGUGAGUUCUUUGAAAGAGGUCACAGAGGAAGCUAAGGCUGAGAACAUGAGACUGAGGGAGAGAUUAUUGGACAAAGAGAAUGAGUUGCAAAGUAUCACUCAGGAGAAUGAGGAGCUCCGGACUAGAGAAACUGCUGCUUUUGCAAAAGCUGAGGAGUUGUCAAAGUUGCUUGAAGAGGCUUCUGCCAAGAACAUUCCUGUGGAAAAUGGAGAGCUAUCUGAUAGUGAGAAAGAUUAUGAUCUGCUACCCAAGGUAGUAGAGUUCUCAGCGGAAAAUGGAAAUGGAGGAAAAGAGGAUAAGCACACGUUUGAAUUUCCUUAUAAACAUCUUGUGGAACCUCAGGAAGACAAAGAUCAGGAAAAGGAUGUGGUGGUACCUGUGGAAUUAAAGGUGGAGAAUGGGAAUAGAAACCAUAACGAAGGGAAUGGAAAUCCCCAAGAAGAGAAUAGAAACCCCCAAAAAGAGGAAAAGAAAGAAGAACAAGGUGAUGAUUCAGUAAAGGUGGAGGUCAAGAUGUGGGAGAACUGCAAGAUUGAGGAGAGGGAUCUCUCACCAGAGAAAGAGCCUGACCAGGAAUCCUUUGAAGAAGACCUUGAUUCAAAGGCGGAUGGAGAGAAUUUUGACCAGGUGAAUGGGUUACCUCCAUCAGACAGCAUGAAAAAUGGGGGAAGCCCUCCAUCUAAGGAGCAGCAGCUAAAAAAGAAGAAGCCAUUGUUCAAGAAGUUCGGAAGCCUGUUAAAGAGGAGGACCACCAGUGGCAAAUAAGUACGAUAAUUGCAAUCAGUCCAAGUUCAGCCUGGCCUGAAUCUCUACUAAAGCCGCAGGUAUUCUUGUUGCAGUCUUUCACCGGCAUAUGUUUGAUUUUGUCGUCUCCCUCCGGAUUUUCAAAAUAGCAAAGAAAAUAUGAAGAAAAUUGUAUCGUAUAAAAUUAGAAUUUUAUGUUUUGUGGUUUCUCCUUGCUGGGGAUUGGUUUGUAUCUGAAGUUCUUUAUUCCCUAAAAUUAAUGAAGAGGAGUGGUAAAUUUGAU